AUGAACUGUAAUCUCGUAGCUCUGGUUGUCCUGACCACCUGCAUCUGGCAUGUAGAUGCUCAAUCCUAUCAGUACAGGGGAGGAUCAAUCAACUGGCUCCCCAACCCUGCUGGUUCGAAUUAUGUACAGAUCAUCAUCCAUACUGUAUGGACUCAACCCCCUGGCUCUGAAUCUCUCAAAGUUGAAGAUGUAGUUCCCUUCCGCAGCAAGAGCUCUACUCCUCCUCUCCUCAUCAUCUCCAACGGAGUACUCCAUCAAGAACUGCAGGUUGUGGUCGCGUCCGUGAACGUAAAGCUUGCCAACACCUUGGAGGGGAUCAGCGUCGUGAACGUGUCGCUGCCUCUACGGAGUCGCGGCUACAUAGCGGAAGUGCAAGGAUGCUGUAGAGAGAGCCCAGUGAGCUGUGAUCAGACAGGCUCGGGCCUCUCACAGUACUGCGGGACAAAGUUCUUCCUGCGAACACUUGUUAAGCUAGACAGAGACCCUCCUCCGUUCUCAUACCUUCCUUUCUUCUUCCCCUACGACCUUCCCUCGGAUCCCAACAUGGGCAUGAUCUUGCCGAUCGUAGACUUCCGAUUGACAUACGCUGGGAUCAACAAGGUCCCGAUGCCUGAACCUCAUUGGCCGAAGAAGAUUCAAGACAGGAUACAACAUAGACCUCAAGAUACUUCUCCUCCGAUACUCAAUUGGGUGAAAGUCUCGAACAGAAUUCAAGCAAUCUAUCGUGCGAUUCAAAAUUUGACGUUCAACAACAACUUGAAUCAAAAUUCCGCAAUCGUAAUCAACUCCUUGAACCAAAAUUCCGCAAUCGUGAAUAACUCCUUGAACCAAAAUUCGACAAUCGUGAAUAAUUCCUUGAACCAAAAUUCGACGUCGUUCAAUAACAGCAACUUGACAACAGACCAUUCGUUACAAGAUGGGUUAGUGAACAUCAGUUUGACAAUAGACCUUUUAUUGCAAGAUGGUUUCACUCCAGAAGAAGCUUUUCAAGUGAUGGAAGUCUACGACACAAACAAGGAUUCCAUAAUCGAAGGUGAAGAGAUUCGGAUACAGGAGGCGCUCAAAGGAUUUGAUGUGGUGCCGUCUUUGCCUAAGGUAUUCGAGGGACAAACUUAUGAGACCAUCGUCAAAGUUCACUCGAUAGGAGGCUCGGUCCCCAUGCUGGGUGGUAAUGAGAGCGAGACUUUGAUGCUCUAUCAGUUGUCUAAUUGCUCAGGCUACAGUGCUCCUCUACCUCCAGGAGCGGACAUCUGCCGAGACAGCUUCGUUGAGUUUUCUUCAUGCCCAGAUGGUUCUGCUGGCUGUUACAAGGGCACUUCGCUUCCUGUCGUCAACAAUUUCCAAUCUCUGCAGAUUCCAGCAGGUUUUGUUGUGGACAUAGUAUACUCCUGCGAAGUCUCACAGACGGAUUUCUCAUCGUAUCACACCUUUUCUGAGGGGAGCAUCCUUCAAACUUGCGAUGGCAGCACAAGCACAUGUUGCAACCUCAAGCACCCAGCAGCAUCCUUGACAUUCAGAACUAUCAAUAGGAGUAUAGCCAGUAGUCCGCAAGAGUAUUGCCAAGGAUGCACCUCUAACAGCGAGGACAUAGCUACGAUGCUGACUUUCAACCAAUUCAUGUCCCACUACACCGGUGUCUAUGAGACAAAGAUGAGUCUCAAAUCCACCCUUCUGCCGGUUGGAAAUUAUCCCGUACUGAUGCAGAUUCAAUCUGCGACAUCGGCCUACACCUUCAUUGAAUUCAUACUGCAUAAAAUGACAGGCUCGCAAUUUUCCAUCGAAUUCUACUCAGAUCUGCAAAACGAGCCGGCAUUCUUCUUUUCAAGUCUUCAUAGCAACUCGUCAUGGACUUGCACUCAAGGCAACUGUGAGGCUUCGUUACAACUCACGACAAACUUGGCGUUGUUCACAACGAUGACUUACAACAAUGAUACAUUGCAGAAUCGGACAGAAAGUCCAACCAUUCAACCAGACUCGUUUUUAUGGACCCCGUGCUACGAUUUUGUAGGGAUGCAUUACUUUUGCUUGUUUUGGGGAGAUUCAACGUCUGGACAAUGGACAAACCUGAAAUGCAUCUUUAUCCGGGUUAUAGAAAAUCUGCCACCAAAGAUACAUGUGAAUAUUUCCAACACAACCUCUGAAUACUUGCUGGAUGCAACUGCAUAUAUGGGUCAAAAAGUACAUAUUGUGUUGGCUUUGUUAAAUCAAUACCAAUCUCGCUUCAAGUAUAGCGGGAUAUCUCAGAUCUUCAUGAACAAUGGCGAAUCUGCGUUCGCCAGGACGACCUAUCGAGCGGCAAAGGUUGGGUCGUCACGAUAUUACAUUCAAGAAUUCGUCAACGCGACUCCGCCGAAGAUUGUGAACAUCGAGUGGACACCGAUAAGAAACAUCUUGAUCAACGAAGGGAGUAUGGAGAUCAGCGGCUUGCAGGAUUAUUACCUGAAGCCAAACUACAUGAACUCUGGGUUGAACAUCACCGUGUGCUUCAUGGUGAUCAAUGAGAUGGGGACUGACGGUCAGUGUGGCUUGUAUGGGCCAUGGACCGAGCAUUGCAUCCGCAUCGACGUGUUGAAGUGCAAGUACAGUUUGUCGCCAGGACAGAGUCUCGUGCACAUUGCAGGAUUGUUCAAGACCAACUGGAUACAACUUUACAGCCUCAACCCGCACUACACACGGGCUGAUGCCAUCGUCGUCAACAACAGUGUGGUUGUGGAUAUAGGCAAGCUUUACAAUGUGAGCUUUGAUCUGGUGUGUUAG